UGGAAGGGUAAAUCACCUAGCCCAGCUCACCUCAGCUCACCCCAAGCAGCUCCAGCUUUGCAGUAGGGAACCAAGAUUUUCCCACCUGGCUUCCAUGGAAGUAGCCAACAACAUUACUGAGUUUGUGUUCCUGGGUCUGUCCCAGGAUCCUAAGAUGCAGUUGAUGUUCUUCGUCCUGUUCUUCCUCUUCUAUGCUGUGAUUAUAGUGGGAAACCUGCUCAUCCUACUCACAGUAUGCUUUGAGUCUAAGCUCCACACUCCAAUGUAUUUUUUCUUAAGUAACCUCUCCUUUGUGGACAUUGCCUACUCGUCAGCCACAGCUCCCAAAAUGAUUGCAGACUUGAUCUCAGAGCGCAAGACCAUCUCCUACUGGGGCUGUGUUACCCAAAUGUUUACCUUCCACUUUUUUGGCUGUGGUGAGAUUUUUGUCCUGACAGUGAUGGCAUUUGACCGCUAUGCCGCCAUCUGCCAGCCUCUACGCUAUACCACCAUCAUGAGUGCCAAUACCUGUGCUCUGCUGGCUUUACUGUCCUGGGCAGGUGCCCUUGGGCACUCCUUUGUGCAGACCCUUCUGACUUUCCAGCUUCCCUUCUGUAGUGCUCAAGUCAUUGAUCAUUACUUCUGUGAUGUUCAUCCUGUCCUCAAACUUGCCUGUGCAGAUACCUCCUUGGUGAACUUGCUGGUGGUGGCCAAUAGUGGUCUCAUCUCCCUGGGCUGCUUCCUCAUUUUACUAGCUUCUUACACAGUAAUUCUGCUUAGCCUCAGGAAGCACUCUGCAGAGAGCCGACGGAGAGCUCUUUCUACUUGUGGCUCUCACUUGACAGUAGUGAUCUUCUUUUUUGUCCCAUGCAUCUUCAUCUACCUUCGCCCAUCUACUACCUUCCCACUGGACAAGGCAGUCUUUGUGUUCUACACCACCAUCACUCCAAUGCUGAAUCCUCUUAUCUACACCCUGAGGAAUGAGGAUGUGAAGAAUGCCAUGAAAUGGUUAUGGAGCCACAAAGUUUUAGGGGAAGAAAAGAAAAGAUGA